CGAUCAGUCAAAUUUACGCGGCUAUUUCAUUGCAACGAUGGCCGCACCUACUGACAUUCGGUGCACAUGUAAAGUGUGUACCGGAAUUCGUGUCACGAUUGACCAAAUAUUUUGCGUUUUAGAUGUAUACGGUUGGCUAUUGAACUCUUAUGUCGUGGAUUUUUUCCAAGACGAGUUAUGGGACAAAUUACCGGGAAGUUGGAGGUUUGCAUUACAAGAUACUCCUCCUCGAGAAUUCGGUAAAUGGUUAUCGGGAGACAUCUCGUGCACACGUGUAUGGCCCUUAACAUUGCUUGCACUUCGUCAAGUGGCUAAUAUUUUGCAAGUAAAUAGAGAUCACGAAGAUCCAAAAAGUACUUUAACUUGUGAAUUCAAUAAAGUAAUAACAAAUAACAAUGACAAAAUUUGUAAAACUAGCAGAAAUGAUACAUUUGACAAGUUAUACUCCCAGGAUAAGAAAUUUAAUAACCUGUUUUCAAAACAUAUAAAGAAGAAAAAGAGAUACGAGAUACACGAAAUAGCUGAAGUAUGUGCAGGCUGUGCCUACGAAGCUAGCUGUAAAUGUAUCAUUGAUAUUGGAUCUGGAAUGGGUCAUUUAGCUCGUAUCCUAGCGUUCCAAUAUGGAUUAAACGUUACUUGCAUCGAACAAGAUUGUAUACUAUUGCAACAAGCUAGGAAAUGGGAUCAGGAAUUAUUGACGUCUAUAAGAAAACACAUACCUAAUUUCCAUCAAAAGCGUCCUCAACAUUUUACAGCUAAAUUAGAAUCUUCGAGUUUAGUAGAAUCAGAGUUAGUUAAUCGAUUAAAAGAAUUGUUUCAGAAUGAAUUCGGUUUAAGCGAAACAGAAACUGAAUUUGGUCUGAUAGGACUUCAUCCUUGUGGUGAUCUAGCUCCUAUAUUAUUGAAGUUUUACUCAUCUAGAAGCGAAGCCAAAUUUAUUUGUAUCGUAGGAUGUUGUUAUAUGAAACUAACGAUACAAUCAGAGACAAGAGAAUUAAAGGGUUAUCCACUUAGCCAGUAUCUGUUAGCACAUAAAAAUCAUUUGUUAACUUAUACAGCAUUAGAAGUAGCUUGCCACGCUAUUGAAAAAUAUUGUGACAAAUUAAAGAAUGGAAAUUAUGAAGAUUUAAUAGUACACACUUAUAGAGCAGCUUUAGAAACUAUUUUAGUAAAAAAAAAUGAAAAAUUACGUCAUAGUCAAUUCAGGAAUGUUAAAGUAUCGAAAGGAAUGACAUUUGAACAGUAUUGUAGCGUAGCUACUGCAAAUUUUGACGCUUAUUUGCAGCCGCAAGAAUCUGAUAUUAAUAACUUAGAAAUAAAUAACCUGUUAAAUCGGUGGGAACAAGUUAUAAUAUUUGGAUCGCUUCGAAUGAUGUUGGCGCCAUUAGUGGAAACCAUAGUGCUGUAUGACAGAUUUCUAUUUCUGUCCGAAAAAAGUUUGACACCAACACUGAAACCGGUGUUCGAUAGUAGAUUGUCACCUCGAAAUUUAGUAUUAAUGUCUAGGAAAAAUAACUAGUCAGUUUAAAGUUUCGAAUUAUUUUCCGAUAAAUCCUACCUUGAAUUUUUCCUUCUUCAAUCGCUGUAAGUGUCCAUACUAUUGCACUUCCCGCGUCCACGAAUCAAAGUUGCUCCAGAUUACGAUGUGCCUUUGAUUGGACAAUAUCACUGAAUUAUAAUCGUCGAUAAAUAAUGUACUAUUUCAAUUUUCUGUUCUUCGAUAAUAACGACUUUUAAGAAAAUCACAUUAUAAAAAUUGCAAUAUUCUU